AUGUCUGAAAAAGAAGAUAAUCUCAAAUAAACUAAUAAUCUCAACUAAGAGAAUUUAGUUUUGAAGCAGAUAUAAGGUUCUCAGCCCUAAAAAAAUAUUGAACUUACUUUUACUGUUUCAUAAUAUAAUGAAACACAAAAUCCUACUAUUAAUGAUUUCAAUCAAAAUUAAAUCGAAGACUCAUAAUCUAAAGCUUCAGAGAGAUAUUCGGGCUUAAAUAAUGCAAAAUUGCAAAAUAAAUCUUCAAAGUACACUGAAUUAUAAGAAGAACCAGAAGAAGAAGGCUAGGAAUAAAAGUGGAAAAAAUUUAAUUUCUACAUGAAUACUAGUUUCCUUGGGUAGAUAUUUUUAAUAGAUUUGUUCAGACUUCUGUUAAAAGCUGCCAAGGAAUCAAGGAUUUACAAGCAAUUUAGUAUUGAUAAUGCUCCUUAGCUGUUUCCAUGGCAUUAUACAGAACAUACCCAUAAAAGACUGCAAAAAUAUUUAGAUGAAGAUGUUGAAAAGGCAUAAAAAUAGGGAAAAGAUAUAGUUGGAAUGAAUUUUAUAUGGAUAUUCUUAAAGAUUUUUAAAUAUCAAAUGAUAAUUAUUUUUUUACUAUAAAUUAUUGGAAGCAGCUUUAAAAUGUAUUCAACUCUCCAUAUCAAGAGUUUAAUUCAAUCUAUUUAAAAAAAUGGAGUUACUACUCAAGCUUACAUAGAUGCUGUUUAAUUAAAUGUCUCCAUGAUUCUUUAUGUGUUAUUUUAUCACAAUACACCCAGAUUAAAUUGCAUGAUAUUCUCUAUUUUUAGAAAUGCAUUUAUGAAAGCCCUAUAUUUUAAAGUUGCAUCUUUAUCUUCACAUGCAGUAAAGUAAGCAAAUGUGGGUAAAUUAAUUAAUCUAGUUGCUAACGAUCUUGCUAAUGUGGAAAAUCGCUUCAAUGUCAUGCUCUCAGUUAUCACAGCACCUUAUCCACUCAUUGUUAUUUUUGUACUAAUAUAUCAAAACUAUGGAUUAAUGGGUUUGAUAGGAUUUUUCUUAAUGAGUUUGACAUGUCCUAUUUAAAUGCUAAUUUCAAGAUAUGUUUCUCCUUAUUAUGAGCAAAAAUCUAAGAUAAUUGAUGAAAGAGUCAAGCUCACUAAUGAAAUAAUUGAAGGUAUACGUUUAAUUAAGAUGUAUGCAUGGGAAAAGGCUUUCGAAAAGAGUAUUUAAAUAAUUAAAGUCUAAGAAUAUAGAAAGAAUAUUAUCAUCUAAGCUCUUACUUUAGUAAAUCACAGCAUAGAAUUUGUUUCUAGUUUAUUUGGUACUUAUAUCACAUUUUUCCUUGUUUAUUACUUUUAAGAGGGCGCAAAUUUAGACCUACCUACAAUCUUUUCAACUUGUGAUCAGUUUAACUAUAUCAGAAGCGAAGUUAUUAGCUCAGUUGGCUGGGGAAUUUCAGGUUUUUUUCAACUAAAAGUAGUUCUUAAUAGAAUGGCAAGUGUGAUUAACUUAAAAAACACUUCUAUGACAUGCAUUUAAGGUUAAAAUAAAUUUGAGGAUAAUGAAGAUUUAUAAGUUGGAACUGUUAAGUUUGAAGAUUUCACUGCUUAUUGGAAAGAAAACACUCCUGUUUUAUAAGAUAUAAAUCUUUAAGUUAAUUAAAGAGAAAUCGUUAGCAUUAUUGGAAAAGUAGGUUCUGGUAAAACUUCACUGCUAAAUUGUAUUUUAAAAGAAGUUCCUCUUUAUAAGGGAAGCUUUAACUAUAAAGGAAAGCUUGCUUAUGUUGAGCAGGAACCUUACAUUUUUAACUGCUCAAUAAAAGAGAAUAUUACAUUUGGCAAAUAAUAUGAUGAAGAUCUCUACAAAAAAGUUAUUAAAUCUUGCUGUUUGGAAGAAGAUAUCAAAUCUUUUGAUUAAGGAGACAAUACUCAAAUAGGUGAAAGAGGUUUAAACAUCAGCGGAGGUCAAAAAGCUAGAAUUUCUUUAGCAAGAGCUCUCUAUUCUGAAGCAGAUAUUUAUCUUCUUGAUGAUCCUCUCUCUGCAGUUGAUGCUAAGGUGGCUUAAAACUUAUUUUUUGAUGUUAUCAAAUUCGUUAGCAAUAAAGCUACUGUUAUUCUCACUACUCACUAAAUCCACUUCUCAAGAUAUACAGAUCGAGUACUUAUAUUCGAAGAUGGUAAAAUUAAAAAUGAUGGAAAAUAUGCAGAAUUAGAGAGUGAAAUCAAAAAGCUUUCUCUUUAGCUCAGUCACACAUCUGAUGAUGAAAAUAAGACAAAAGAUGAAGAAGAGGAUGAAUUUCUGACAUAAUAAGAAAACUAAGAAUUAAAUAAUAGCAAAAACCAGCAAUAGAUUAUUGAUUAAUCAGAUUAACAAUCAAAUGAAGAAAAAAUAAAAGAAGUUUUUGAUCAAAAUUAAAAAGGUGAAAAGCCAAAUUUAUUAGUUUCUUAACCAUAGCCCUAAUAAAACUAAGAAAAGGAUGUUAAGGCAUCAUUUGGAACUUAUAAGUUUUUUUAUAAAUCGUCAGAUAUGCCUUUCCUUAUUUUUAUUAUUCUUUUUCUUUUUGCAGGAAGCGAAGUCUUUUUCGUGUUAUACAAUUAAACUCUUGGAACAAUUGUCAAAGAAGAUAUUCCUAGUGUACUUGCUAAAUUAGGCUGGAUAGUACUAGCAUAUUUUAUAAUUUAAUUGCUGAAAAAUACUCUUGCUGUCUACUAUUUCAACAACAGUGCUUUUAACAUUCAUUAAAAAAUGAUUAACUCUCUCUUAAGAGCAACUGUACAAUUUUUUGAUGUCACUUCGUCAGGCAAAAUUCUUAAUCUCUUUUCAACUGACAUAGGUAUUGUCGACACAACUUUACUAACUUAAGCAGCUGAUGUCUUUGAAAUAAUAAUUUAAAUAUUCAUCUUUUUAAUAAGCAUAAUGGUUAUGGCCCCUUAUUUUAUUUUUGUAGGAGUUUUUUAAUUUAUUAUCUUGACAUCGUUUGUAUAUAAAACAAAAGAAGCUUUAUUCCACACAAAAUAAUUAGAUUUAAAUAUGAGAUCCCCUGUUUUUACCUUUUUCAACGUAGUUGUAUAGGGAGUUCUACCUAUAAGAGUCUAUAAUAAAUAAGAAUUCUUUGAUAAGCAAUUUAAUGUUCUAGGAGACGACUCUCUCAGAGCUACUUGGUAUUUCUGUCUUUCUUCAAGAGGUUUUGGUUCUUUCCUUCAUCUAUUUGCAACUAUCUUUAAUUCUAUCAGUAUCUUUAUUAUCAUCACUUUUAUCAAAGAUGAAAAUAAAAUUGGCUAAUCAAUAGUCCUUUUUAUGGCAAGUAUUGAAUAUUUACAGUGGGGUGUCAGAUAAGCUAUCUAAGUAGAUGUUGCUAUGUCUAGUACAUAAAGAUGUAAGAAUCUAAUUGAAGAAUAAUCAGAAGCUGCGUUGAUAACUACUUAUGAUACAGAAAUAUUUAAUAUUAACAAAAAUGAGAGCAAUAUCUAGUGUCUCAAUUCAAAAUUCCCUUAAAGUAGUCAAUUAUAAUUCUAAGAUGUGAAAAUGAGAUAUCGCAAGGAGCUCAACUUAGUAUUGAAAGGUCUUACAUUUAGUAUAUAACCUGGAUAAAGGAUAGGAUUUGUUGGUAGAACUGGUGCAGGAAAAUCUUCUAUUAUUCAAGCACUAUUUAGAAUGACAGAAAUUGAAGAUAAAGAAAAGACAUUUUAAACCAUUUUAGAAAAUGAUUUAGAAUCAAAUAUUAUAGGUAACGAUGGUAUUUUUAUUGAUGGCCACAAAAUCUCUAAUUUAGGUCUUCACACACUUAGAUCAGCUAUUAGCAUAAUACCAUAAGUUCCAUUUGUGUUUUCUGGAUCGAUCAGAAGAAAUUUGGAUCCCCUUGAAUAAUACAGCGAUGCUCAAAUAGAUAAAGUUUUAGAAGAUAUUGAGCUUAAAGAUAAGAUCAAUUAAUUAGAGCACAAAAUAUUAACAGAUAUGACUAAUACGAGCGAAAUAUUUAGUACAGGUCAAAAAUAGCUGAUAUGCCUAGGCAGAGCUAUAUUAAAAUAAAGUAAGUUAAUUGUGCUUGAUGAAGCAACUGCAAACUGUGAUAUGCUUACUGAUGAAUUAAUAUAAAAGAAAAUAAGAGAAAGAUUUACUAAUUCCACAAUCAUAACUAUAGCUCACCGUCUAAACACUAUAGCAGAUUAUGAUUAAAUUAUAGUUAUUGACAAUGGAAAGGCUGUAGAAUAAGGAGAACCCUAUUAGCUCUUGUAAGAUAAAGCAAGCAUAUUCUAUUAAAUGGUAGCAAAAACUGGAAAAAAGAAUUCAAGCAUAAUAUAUAAAAUAGCCUAAUAAAAGCAUUAAUAAAAUUAGUAAAAUUAGGAAGAAAUUUGA